GGGGCGGGAGGGGGAGCAAUUAAGCUGUCAGUUGGAGGGCUUCUGAUUUAAAACGCCCCGAAUCAGGUGACAGGCGGUUCAUUCAGGGUUGGGCGCUGUCCGGAAGAGCGGCGGGAGAUGGAGCAGGCGGCAGGAGCUCCUGCCGCCGCCGCUCCGGCGGAACCGACGCCGCUGCCCCACUCCUCCUCCUCGUCGAGCGGUGAUAGCGGCCAUGUCUCGCAGAGUCACAGCAGUGCCUCCGGCAUCGGAGAGGAGGACCCGGCGGAAGGAGAUGCCUUGAGCGGGGAGUUUCUACUGGCCGCCGCGACGGCUGACUACGCCUCCUACCUGCUCCCUUCGCCGCUGGAUAGCGUCGCCUCAGCCGGGCAGAUUGAAACUUUAGACAAGAGUCUUGAAGAUCUGUUGAUCAGGGUAGAUGAGUUUGUGGGAAUGCUGGACAUGAUUAGAAGUGAUUCUUCUCAAGUAAUUAAUGAAAGUGUGCCACAUAUUCAUGCAAAGGCAAUGGAAAUGAAGAAGCUUUAUAGAAAGAUUGACAAACUAGAGGCUUUUGUAAAAAUGAUUGGUGAUAAUGUGGCUGGAAUGGAAGAACAGGUCAUAAAGGCAGAAUCAGACCUUGGAACUUUCCCAAAUACAUUAAAAAAAAUAUUAUACACAAUCAACGUGCCAUCUUUUUUAAAUAAAUCAUCUUCAUCACGGCAGACUCAAGCCCUGUAUGAGCCUCUGGAUCUCUUCAAGACUGAAGACUACUUUCCUUGUCUUGAUUAAGCACAAUGUAUGUGAUUUAGUUGGAAGUAUUAACAUGUAAAGGAGAGCGUUAUCAGUAAGAUCCAUGCUGGCCUUUAAGUUGCUGCUGCACUUUUUUGGAAAACUAUGGUGCCUUCCUCUUGUGUCCCACUUGGUCUUCAAGUAUUUCAGCUGGAUUUUCUGUAGAAAUACUAGUCAUCCUAAAGCACAACCUAAUAUACAGCCUUAAGUGGCAGUUAAUUUUAACUGUAGGAAUAGGUAGUAUAUGUAUAUUGUAUGAGCUGUAAGCAAGUCUAGCCCUAUCCUCUUGAGAGAUUAGACAGAGGGAAUAGGUGGGAGGAAGGACUGGAUACAAAGGAAGAAACUCAGCUUCUCUCUCUAAAUUGCAAAGUGGAAGGAAAAGCCAAAGGAAAGGAAAAAACAUAAAUGGGAGCUGUGCUUGGACACGUAAUUCCAAGUGAAAAAACAAGAGAGUAUUACAAGUAAUAUUUUGAAUAUACACGAGUUCUAUAUUCCCCUUGCCUUUUCAGCCAGAAUGGUUCAGAAAACCAACCUAUGUGAUUCAUCCCUGUAUUUCCCUACCUCCUAAAACAAGACUAGAUUAAGGUUUCACGGCCAGGUAUCAAACUGUGUUACAUAGUUUUCUGGCUAAAAUUUUUGAGGAAUAACAAAGCCUGUAUGUAGAGAAGUGGGGAAAAAAGGAAAUAUACUGUAUUUCCUGCUGUUGAUAUUAAUUUCUGUGCUACAGGGACAUUUUUGAAAUAAUUUAGUGAUACUUAUAAGUGCAAUAAGGACCAACAUAUGUAUUGAUGCUAAUGACUGUGUCUAGAUUCUAUUCAACACAUUAAGAGGAAAUCCACUGGCUGACUAGAGCAAAGCAAAAGCAACUUUGUUCUUUGAAGUGCUACAGAUUAAAGAAAAACAGCAAUAUGUACAGAUUGCUAUGUUUCAGAGGCAACUGUUUCACAAAGUUCUUUUUCAUGAAUAUCCUUUUAUAGAUAAUGUGAAAUAUGUGAUCACCAAAGAGCUUAUAAUUUAAACUUGUAAUUAAGCAUUUAAGUUUGUUUUUAGAUUAAAAUGGCAUUAUUUUAAA